GUAAGAAAUUAAGAAUGCCUCCCUCAUAUCUCAUCUACCCCAAACCCAAACCCAAACCCAAACCCAGGCCUCUGCUUCUCUCUCUCUAAGCUCUGUGGGAGAAAUCGCUCAUCACAAUCCAUCAAUGGAAACCUCUUCGAAUCACCAAGAAAACUCAAGCCCCAGCCCUUCUUCUCUUCUUCCUUCUCCCAGUAGCCGCAUCACCAACACCAGUAGCUGCAGCACCAGCACCAGCAAUGGAGUCCAGCUCAUGCCUCCACCGCCCCCAACGCCGCCGCCGCCUCAAUUGCACUUGCACUCUCCAAAACUCAUCACUCGAUCCGAGUCCGUAAAUCCCUAUCCCACUACCUUCGUCCAAGCUGAUACCUCCUCCUUCAAACAGGUAGUGCAAAUGCUCACCGGAUCCCCUGAAACCGCCAAGCAAGCCUCCGCCAAGCCCGCCGCCACCGCCUCUCAAAACUCUGAAUCCGUCUCCAAAUCCCACAUUCCCCCCAUUAAAUCUCUGCCCAGAAGGCAGCAAUCUGGGUUCAAGCUUUACGAGCGCAGGAACUCUUUGAAUAAACUUAGGAUUAACCCCUUGAUUCCUGUUUUUGGUUCCUGUAAUUCCGGCUUCUCUCCGAGAAAACCUGAAAUUCUUUCCCCGAGUAUUCUAGAUUUCCCGGCGCUCGCUCUCAGUCCGGUCACGCCGCUCAUCCCCGACCCGUUUGAUCGAUCUGGGUUGGCGAAUUGUAGCUAUUUGAAGAAUGGGAAUGCGAAGUUGGACGCCGAGGCGGAAGAGAAAGCAAUUAAAGAAAAGGGGUUUUACUUGCAUCCAUCGCCGACUACCACCCCCCGGGACUCUGAGCCCCGGCUCUUGCCUCUGUUCCCAAUGACAUCGCCUAGAGUGCCAGGUUCCACCAAAAAGAAAAGAUCUCUCGUAUCAAUGGAGAUGUUAGUUCUGUUUCCUUUUCGUAUCUCCUACCGAAACUACCCGAGAGUGGGACGGUAAUCGUGGGGAUACCAGCAGGGUUGAUUGAUGUGUAAAGGGCAAAGGGGAAUGGAAUACGCCAUGGAUGGGCAAUUGAUGAUAUAAAGGCAUUCUUCCCUCUCAAAGUUUGGCCUUCGCGUAGAUUCCCACUAACAAUGCCCACCCAAUCCAGCAACGUAUCUUUUAAAUUUCUACUUUUUUUUUUUUUACUGUCAACCACAUCAUAAUCCUUUCUUACGAAUUUAUGCCCAAAUAUCUGGUCUGCUUACACCAUUCUCUAUCUCAUUUCUUGUUUUUAUCUUUAUUCCUCAUUUUUAGGGAACUGUUUAUUGGAGAAAUAGGUGGUUAUUUACUGCUACUACUGAAAGAUGUGAAUUUGCAUCUUUGAUUAAAUGUUUGCUUCAUAUUGAUUAUGAAAAAUUGGGUAGGGAUAU